CGGGAGUGUUUGGGAGCUAAUAAAAUUAGGAGGGAAAAGGAAAGAAUGUUUACAAAGCUUGGUGGAUUGAGUUUAGAGCCAAAAUCCGUGCCUCCUCCAAAGCGAACAGGGUGGAUUGGAAGAGGAAAUUGUCACAUGGAAAAGGCCACCAUAGAUCUGAAGCGCGAUGGAAAGGAUCUGAGCGGUCGCGUUCAUCAACUCCCCUGCUGCGUCAAGCACGACGGUCCCGCCUCCGUUUCCCACUAUUUCAAACCCAAACACAAAGGUGUUGGGGAAGACGAGGGUUUACCGUUACAAGAGGCUCAUUUUAGAGGCAGGUUACUCCAAGGAACAACACUCCCUCUUCCGCACGGUUACUCUGGUUUUGUCUUGAGUAAGAGUUCGCCUCCCACCUCCGACGAAAACUCUCACUCUUGGGACACCAAAGCAACGUUUCAGGACAUCACGUAUUGGAACCAUGACUACUCCCCUUCCCAGAAUGAUGAAUUAUUCCGAGCUUUUCAUUGGCUUACUGUCGCAAAAGCUCUGCAUAAUCCCGUGACACCUGAGGAGUUAGCUUCGUCUUCUGUUACACUCUAGAGAUGGGACUACACUGCAGUUGAAAUGCUGUAUCUGUGAAAUUUACAGUUAUCUUUUUUGCUGUAAUAUUUAUGUUUUUGUUGUACGCUGUUUCCAACAGUUCCUAUGCACUUUACUUCUCUCUCUUUUCCUCCCCAGUGUGAUCUAGUUGCUUUCUGUGUAGUGGGAUAAGGUCUGGUGUAGUCUCUUCUAAUUUGAGUAAAAAUGUCAAGUCUGACACAUCAUGGCUUUGGUCUUUGGAAGAAUUAUCAAUGAGGAUUCACCAUUGAAGUUUUUUACACAAAAAA